CUUUUCGACUGGUCAAGGUAGUAGUCGGUACCUAAUAGUCAGGUGUAGGUAAUGUUAUGAUGGGACGUUAUGCGGGGAGCAUUAGACGUCCACGUGUAAGUCCGUAUAACCGUGCCAGUAAUAAUACACAAUUCGCUCUACAUUGCUGUGAAUCCCGGUUGUCGAUCUUGCUUUUGAUCACCAACCCCAUCUCCCUAUGGCGCGGCUAUUGCUUCAUUAUGUAACAGGUUCACUUCCGCUUGCAAUUUUCUCCUCUUCGUGCUGGAAAAAAGACAUGGAAGCAAAAUCUUAUAGGAACAUAAUAGAAUCCAAUGGUUCCUGUUGGAGGUCUACUUCCACCAAUCGGCUCGUCACCCUCCGGGCAUCGCAUCGCUUCCUCAACACGACGCAACAUUCAUGUUAUAUCCGUGAACCCCUCUUCCACGAGACCACUCUAAAUCCAGGAACGUCCAACAUCUAGUAUUCCAUCUGACAUCUGUGUCAUCAUCAACGAACAUAACAAUACGCAGCUCACUAUCCUAACAACCCCUCCACCUUCUUCUCACCACCAAUACCC